AGGAGGUCGAGAAGCACCAGACCUACUAGAAUGCAUCCGCGAUGAAAUGGUGCAAAGGACCAAUCCAAUGAAACAUCACGUCUACUCCCAAUCCUGGGUCGAGAAACAAUGCGCCGCCUGUGACCAACUGCUCGUCCAACCGUAACAAACUCAUAUCAUCUCUAACCGUACACAUCACCUUGGGAGUCACACUGCAAUACAAAAAGGCACCAAACGCGUUUCCUUGACUUUGUUUCCUUCCUCCUCAACAUCGUCUUGCAAGCUCAUAUCAGAUCCGACACAAGCCAUCAUGUUUCCCACCCUUUCCCUCGUCGCCUUCGCCGGCUUGACCUUGCAUCUCGCAACCGGCAGCCCACUCCCACCGUCCUCCUUUCCGUCCGUCUAUAAUCCCCACCCAUCCACCACUUCCGUCAACACCCUCGUCCGUCGUCAGUACAACGAGGAAGAUUUCAAUGAUCUAUUCGACUAUAGCUGGCCGCAGCAAAUCAUUCCAGCCUACGACGCAGAACCGAAUUACAAGCAAAUCGUGUCAUGGCCCGGCUGGGACCUCUUCUCAGGAAUGCCCGGCACAUACACCCCAUUCAACGAAUUCAUAUACGCCUGGAGGGACAGCUCGCCUAUCACCACGUCAGGUCCGUUGCAAGGUCCCCCGCCUUUUGCUGCUACCAUGGGCGUUGCCGAUGCUGAUGAUGACGACGCCCCUACGUCCGGACACUCUGUCACCAUCUCUGCCGCAAAGAUCCAGGAUGCGAUGGCGAAGCUCUUGGCGGAUCCAAAGGCGAAGGCUUGGAUGGUGGAGGGUCUUGUUGCCAUGGGAGAUGAUGAGUUGAUGGAACAGGUACUCUCUUCCCAAGCAGUCUGAGAUUUGUCUCUGGGGUUGCUCUUCUUGAAACGCACUGGCUAUUUCAACUUACUCGUGCGUUACAUGGGUAUAGCUUUGCAUAUCAAUGCUGUGGAACAACUGAAGUGACAAUGAAGAGACAUGGGGACGAUACUCGACACAAUUGUGCCGAGUGAAAACAAAAAGAUACAGGCGAGCGAUUAUGUACCGAAAAUGAAACAAAAAAACAGUUUGCUAUUUCUUCUUCUCUAGCUUCUAAUAAGAAAGUUGACAAGAGGUGGUGGUAAAUUGGCCUUUUUGAUACACAUAUCCACAUC